AUGCCCGGCCGCGCUCCGCACCUGCCCGGGGAGCGGCUUUUGUUCGCGGCGGGGCCGCGGGAGCGAUGGGCGAGGGCCCCGCGGCCGCCUCCGCGCCGGGAGCAGCGAGCGCGCAGCGGGCUGCGCUCUGCGUCUUGUUGGCGAUGGGGUGGAGGAUGGCAGCUGAACUUUGCUCUGUGAGGUGGGGCUCCCGAGGGCUCCCGCGAGAGCUGCGGCACCGCAGCCGUGUCCACCCGCUGCCGAGCACCUGGACGGGGGAGCAGGGUCCUGCCCGGUCCCCUCGGAGCAUCCUCUCCCCCAGCCGGCGCCGAUCCGGAUGUCACCAAGUGUUUGCUUUGGUGCCAGGACCCCGCGCCAUAUUGCGGCCACCAGCUUGGUGGUGCGGAGCAGCGCUUAGCAGACCUGUGCAGCGGUGGCGAUGUCCCCGAGGUGGAGAUCAUCAGCCUGCUGGGCGAGCAGCUGCCCCGCUACAAGCUGCGGGCGGACACCGUCUUUGGCUACGACCAUGACGACUGGCUGCGAGCCCCCCCUGCCCCCCCGGAGCCUGCAGCCCCCCUCACCCCCCAGCAGAUCGCGGAGGCCCUGCAGUACUUCCUCCUGUGCACCGAGCGGGCCGUCAGGAUCACCAAGACCUACCACGACAUCGAUGCCGUCACCAACCUGCUGGACGAGAAAGAGCGGGACCUGGAGCUGGCGGCGCGCAUCGGGCAGUCCCUGCUGAAGCAGAACCGGAGCCUGACGGAGCGCAACGAGCUGCUGGAGGAGCAGCUGGAGUUGGCCAAAGAGGAGAUCGCGCAGCUGCGCCACGAGGUCUCCAUGCGGGGCGACCUGCUCCACUUCUACACCACCACCACGGAGGAGAGCGAGCCCACCUCUGCCACCGCCACGCCGCUGCGCCGGCAGGAGUCCUCCUCGUCCCUGCAGCAGUACUUCCAGUACGACACCUUGCAGCAGAAACUCAAGUGCCUGGAGGAGGAGAACCAGAAGCUUCGCUUGGAGGCCACCAACAUUGCAAUCGAGACCUGCCAGUACGAGGACCAGGAGCACCAGCUGAUGAUUGACUGCGUGGAGCAGUUCUCCGAAGCUAGCCAGCAGGUCGUCUGCCUCUCCGACGAGCUGGCCCGCAAGGCGGAGGACACGGUGCGGCAGCAGGAGGAGAUCAGCCAGCUCCUGGCGCAGGUGGUGGACCUGCAGCAGAAGUGCCGUGCGUACGGCUCGGAGGUGGAGGAGCUCCAGCAGCACCUGGCCGUGGCCAAGGAGGUGCAGCAGCAGCUCCGGACAGAGCUGCGGGACCUGCAGGAGAAGUACACCGAGUGCGGCGGGAUGCUGCAGGAAGCCCAGGAGGAGGUGAAGAGCCUGCGCGGCCGCAGCUUCCCCAACAGCACCGUCAGCCGCUACGGCGCGCCCAGCCUGCUGCCCCUGGACUCGCUGGCAGCUGAGAUCAAGGGGACGAUGAGGAAGGGGACAGACGGCUCCUCCUCGGACUACAAGAGCUACCUGCGCGUCUUCGAGACAGUGAAAGCGGUGAACCAGGCGGCCAAAGCCAAGUCGUGCUCCGAGUCUCCCCUGAACAUGCCCAGCUCCAAGCAGUUGUCAGCCGUCCCCUCCAGGGGGGGCAACACCCCCCCCGCUGGCUUCUGUGGCUCAGAGGGCACCCAGGGCGAGGAGCCCCGAGGGGCUGCCCCGGGCCGGCGGGACCUGGAGGCGGCGGUGCAGCGGCUGUCGGCGCGGCAGCAGAGCCAUGCCUCGGAGGAGCGCUCCUUCUUCGAGGCCGAGCGGGAGCGCAAGCUGCGGAGGCUGCGGGAUGGGGAGAGCUCCAGCGGCUUCCUCACCCCCAACGAGAGCAUCGUGUCCACCGGCACCAACCACUCGGGGGGCUCGGAGCUGACCACCGGCUCCGGCUUCUCCCUCGGCUCCCUCACCUACCUGCCCGACAAGCUGCAGAUUGUAAAGCCCCUAGAAGGCUCGGUGACGCUCCACCACUGGCAGCAGCUGGCACGGCCCAACCUGGGGGGGAUCCUGGUGCCCCGUCCCGGGGUGCUCACCAAAGACUUCAGGCAGCUGGACAUCGACCUGGAGGAGGUGUACAGCCUCACCGACCUGGAGGAGGACGAGGUGGACGCCGCCUCCUUCCAGCUGCUCCCUACCUCAACACCCGCCAAAGCCAAGGAGCGCCCCGGGGUGUUCCUCUCUGUUAACAACCUCCCCCAGACCCCAUCUACCUUCACCAUCACCACCUGCCACAUCUUCCACCCCACCACCGAGCUCACCACGGUGACACCCAGUCGGUAUAAUGCCGUCGUGCCUUCUUGUGGGCCCAUUGAGAGGCUGAACCUCUGCACCCCCUCACCAGAGCUGCCCAGCCCCGGACCCCCCAGCACCCCCCUGGGACUCAUCAGGCUCCUGCUGGUGCGGGGCAUCUCUGCCUCGGUGCCCUCAGCUGUAUCCUGGUGGCCCCCCUCACUCCCUGCUCAGGACCCCCAGCGAGCUGCUCCCCAGGGCUCCCUGCAGCCCUUCCCUGGGGCUGGGGGGCAGCAGCGACCCCUGCCCAGGAGCAGCAUCUUCAGCUUGAACCUCGUGGAGAAGCUGCGCCGUCUGGGGCUGGAUAAGGUGGUGGCCAGAGGGGAGCUGUCCUACGCACGAGGAGAGCACAGGGGAGGCCGGGAUGCGCUGACGUGAUGGCACAGCAGAGCCUGCAAGCUUGGGAUGAGAUGUGUCCUCCUCUUCAUCUUCAUCCAUGGGCCACAGAGAUGGGACAGGCUUCUGGUCCCUGCCUGGACCGGGGGAGGGGGGGAGCAUCACCCAAACCCCGGCUGCCUCCUGGUGGUGCCCCAGGGCCUGGCACUGGUUUGCAGGGGCUUUGCCCUGACUGCAAGGACACAACGCUGUGAUGCCACAUGGUCCCACUGCCCUGCUCCCCCAGCCCCGAGUCCUGCAGCUGCAGGGGUUCCAGGUGCAGGAUGCUCAGGGCACUGGAGGACACUGGCCCUGUCCCCACCCAGGGGCUGUGGACCCUUCAGCAGAGCCAGUUGUUGGCAAUAAAAACUGUUCUGGUUCCUGCUGUGCCUGGCCCAUGUGCAGCUCGUCCCCUGGGAGCUGUCGCAGCUGCAGCAAAGGGCAAUGCUCAGCCUGUGCUCGAGGCUGGGAGGCGCUGCGGGUGCCAGGAUGAGACCCCCAUUACCACGACUGGGCAGCAUCUGGGCUGACUUUUAAAGCAAAUGGUUUUAAAACUCUUUCCUGCCCACCACAUAGAAGUAGCGGCACUGCUGGGGGGCUGCCUGCGGCGAGUGUC